AUGAAUUAAAAAAAAUCAUAUUCUUAUUUGGAAAUUCGUCUAGAAACCCUUGAGGCACUCUGGAUUUAACAUUCAGGGUUUCUAGACAAGAUAACCCAGGAGAGCGGAGUUAACUUCUACUAUCAAUAAAAUUUGAUAGUAUUAGUAGGAAAUCCUAUUUGUUGCGAGAAUGCCGCUUAAAGAAUUUAUUCAAAGGUGUACGAAGACUUUAUUAUGCAAAUUGAAUAAUUCAGAAGCAAUGACGAACUCAAGCCUUUUUUUUAAUUAUUUUAAAACCCCCAAUAUAGAGAAUUAAGCAAAGGCAUCCAAGGAUUUUGGAUAUAUUCAGCCCAAUCGCUUAUGAAGUAAUAUCUAAACAUGGAGUAGAAGGGAUAUUAAUCUCGUUUCCCAGAAUUGCCUUAGUAUUUUCUAAUAACUUGGUUCCCUAAAAUACAAAUGUUAUAUAUCUAAUAGAUGAUAUUCCAAAUGAUCGGCUUUAAAUACAGCCAAUAAGGUUUGAACCAAAAAUUCAAAUUUGAUGGAUAAUAUAACGUGACAGCCUUAGAAGCAAUAUCCAUCUAUCUAAAUUUGGAUUUGGACAGCAUUAUCAACUAGUACUCACUAUAAAUGGAGUUAAAUCAAAUACCAAAUCAAUUUUUCUUGGUGAUCAAAGCAAAUAAUAGGAACUCGAUCUCAGAAACAUGCCAGAUAUUAGAGAAUUAUUUGGAAAGAAGGAAAUUCUGGUCUAUAGCUUAUUUAUAAAUAAAGUUGAGUUCAAAAGAUAUCAAUUAUUUGAAGAAAAGUUUAAAUGAUUAAAUCAGAUCCAAUAGCACAAUAAAUUUAUACUCUUACGAAGAAGUGGUGCAAGAAUCAAAGAGAUUAGAUCAAUAAUUUCAUAUUUAUUCGACUGAAAUUAUAGUUCAAAGACACAGUCCUGAUUCGUUAUUUGUUUUUGGAGAUGCCGAUAAAUAGGGUGAAAUUACAGAUACAAUUAUUUAAAUUGUUAGGAAACUGAAGUAAAGUAAUAGAAUAGAAUAAGAGGAUAGACUUUAACAGUAGUUUACUUAUAAGGAGAAUUCGAAUCAGUAAUUUUCAUGGAACCCUUAAGUAAAUUAGUAAGCAUCUAUUCCUUUCUAAAAUAACUCUAAGAAUUACUAUUAUGACUAUAACGAAAAAUAAUUUGAUCAACGUCCUGUUCAAUAGAAAUACGGGACUAGUUUAAAUGAUUAAUAGACAAAUUCUUAUUAAUAGACAAAUCCUUAUUAAUAGACAAAUCCUUAUUAAUAGACAAAUUCUUAUUAAUAGACAAAUCCUUGUUAAUAGAUAAAUUCUUAUUAAUAGACAAAUUCUUAUUAAUAGACAAAUUCUUAUUAAUAUCCAAAGUAGAAUUAGACAAGUGAACCUUUUUGGAAUGAUGAUUAAACUGAUCGUCCUUUGAAAUACUAUAAGAAAUAUUAGAAAAAUAAUGACAAUAACUGGUCUUAGACCAAGUAUAAUAAUUAGAAGAGAUAUAAGCAAAAAUAACGGGAGUAAGAUUUUUAGGAACUAGACAUUACAUUGUACGUUCCAAAAGUGCCAUAAAAUAAUUAAAAUAACUAAAUUUUCACCUCUCCUUAGUAAUAGGAAGAAGAGAAAUCUUCAUAACUACUGAUUGUAGAAGAAUUAAAUAAGGUGAUCAAAUGCUAAAUAAUUAAAAUAGAACUAUUUAAAUAUUAAAUAAUUUAUACCUAGAACCAUUAGAAAAAUAGUCAGAAAAUCAAUUUUUAAGAAUUUAAGUUAUCCUUUGAGGAUUUCAUGAAGAAGUAUUAUAAUCUAUAACCUGAAAUAAUGUUAUUAUUUAAUACUGAGAAUAUAAUAAUUAAUGUCAAUUUUAAAUAAUAGGAGGACAUCCAUUAAGUUAAAAAUAUUUUCCAUAAAUAUUUUUUGUAAUAAAUGUAUUAUGUGACCUAAUACUCAACUUAAGCCUUGGGUCUAGUAAAUAUUUUGAAAGUGAACUGCAGCGUGCAACAUUUCUCAACUAAUACCGAUCUAUCAGGAUUUGUGAAUGAGAAUUAGUUCUCAGAAUUAGUUGAAAUUUAGGAUGGUCAAUAAAUGGCGAUCAAAAUAAGCAACUUUUCGUAUAGGAAUCAUAACUUGUUAAGGGAGAAGUUCAAUAAUUUUGAGAUUUCUUAAUCCUUUUAAUAGAAUUCUUCAGUUUUAGAUGUAUCGAGACAAAUAGGAUAUGGGAAAAAAGUAAUUCUUAUUUCUGAAGAUUAAUUAAAAUAUUUAAAUCAAGAAUGUGCUGAUCUAGAAGCAUUUUAAUUGAAAAAGUUUAAAGAGUUCUUUAAGAUGCCCUUCUACUGUGUGUAGAUUGAAUAUGUAGAGGAACUUCUAGAGUAAGCGAAAGUCGAGUUUAAAAGGAUGAAUGAGAAAUAUGUUAAGGCUUAGGUAUAAGCUAAAGAAAAGGAAAAUAAUAAGGUUUGGAUGAAAGAGAUAAAGAAGGAUUAAUUUUGCUAAGCUUCUAAAUUAUACUGUUACAAUAUGAUGGAAGCAUUUUAUACGAAUCUACUAAACGAUGUUAAUGAAUCUUUAAUGUCUACAGAAUAAUAUUAGUCUAACUAAUAUUAAUCUAUGUACUAUGAAGCAAUUAUAGAUUUGGGUAAAAGAGAAUUGAAUCCAAACGAUCCUCAAAGCAUUGAGAAUUUAUUAUUUCAUUCAGAUUUUAAAUUUGAGCCUAAGGAAAUGUAAUUUUUGAUUGAUUUGCCUCUAGGAACCUUUAUCACCGUAUGGGUUCGUAAUUAGAAGGAUAUUUUGAGUGAAUUUUAAUAAAUUAAAAAAGACGAAAUCCUUCCAAGAGGAUAUAUCCUAAAAUAGUGA